UGCAGUUUUCGGACCAUUGUGGAUAUAUCGUGUGUUUUGAACCGAAACCGGAUUACAUUUGCUGGAUCAUAACGGACAGAAUGAGACCACACACGACGUGAAUUGGCGAUGUUUGGGGGUUCAGAAGUCAUCAGAAUGUUUAAUCCCAGCAUAGAAUCAUGAAGUAAUCAGUGACAGUGAGCUGAGCAGAAAGUCUAUGAGGAGAAGUCAACAGAACAAAUCAGAAAGUCACAUAACAACAGAAGUCAAGACAAGAUUGUGAACCAAAUAAAACCACCUCCAGCAGAACGGAGGGCCGGAUUGCAACAUAACCAGGUUUGAGACUACCAACAAAUGUUUGUUUUCCAUAGAAUAAAUAACAAUAAACACCAAGUCUGAUUCUCUGGCUUCCUUUGGUCCUGAUGUUGCUACUGCACCCACUGUACUGAGACACUGACGUGUAUCAAAUUAAUUCACAUCACGUGACACAAUGACCAGCAUUUCUGCCUCCAUACGAUCAAAGACAAACAAUAUAAAUGUCAGGUCUCUGUCAGCAAACCUCAGUUUAGGGAGCUGCCAACAGGUUUCAGUUUGCUGUGUCAUCCUUAAUAUUUGUUGUUAUUUCUAGGGAAACAGUUAUUGUGAUGAGCCAAGCAGAGAGAUCAGCCUCCAUAAUUAAUAUUACGUUUGUUCGUCCUGCAGCUUUUUACAUCAAUGGCUUCACCAACAUCCCUCAUGCUCAGUAUUACUACGUGUUCCUGUGCUUCGUCUACAUCAUGACUGUUGUUGGGAACGGUUUUCUGAUGUCUGUGAUUUACCUGGUGAAGACUCUUCAUUCUGCUAAAUACAUGAUUGUGUUCAGCCUGGCUUUAACAGAUCUGUGUGGCAGCACUGCUCUCAUCCCUAAAGUCCUGGACACGUUCUUGUUUGACAGGAGAUACAUUGUCUAUGAGGCUUGUUUGAGUUACAUGUUCUUUGUGUGGUUCUUUGCCUUCGUACAGUCGUGGACACUUGUCACUAUGGCCUAUGACAGGUUUGUAGCCAUUUGCUUUCCUCUGAGGUACCACAGUAUUGUGACCAAACCAGCUGUUGCUGUGAUGCUGCUUUGUGUUUGGGCUUUUUCUCUGAGUCUUUUCGCAGCAGCUGUUGGUCUCAUCGACCGUCUGUCCUUCUGUGGGUCUUUGGUGGUACAAAGCUUUUUCUGUGACCAUGGACCUGUAUAUUAUCUGUCCUGUAGUGACACAACUGCCAAUACAGAUAUUGCGAACGUGUUUGUUAUUAUAAUCAUAUGCGUUCCUUUAGUAUUGAUAGCGUUAACGUACAUCUGUGUUGCUGUCGCUCUGAGCAGGAUCGCAUCAGGAGCAGAACGCAUCAAAGCUUUAAAAACCUGUACUUCUCAUAUUAUUCUUGUUGCUAUAUUUUUCCUACCACUACUGGGCACAAACCUAGCUGUUAUCAUGUCCUCUCUUCACCCUAAUACCAGGAUCAUCAACUCCACUUUGACACACACUGUACCAGCUCUGCUCAACCCCAUCAUCUACUCUUUAAAGACUGAAGAAGUGAUAAAGGCUAUCAGGAAACUUUGCAACAACAGCAGCCUAAGAAGGAAAACCUCUGAUAAUAAGAUGAAAUGUAGUGGUAGAGUGCACAAUGGCAAACCUCAAGUGUUAUUCUGAACUACAGCAUUUCACCAAAUUUAGAUUUUACAAACUUUGAUCAGGACUUGACCUCUUCCUCUUCCUUGGAGACUUCACCGGCCCAGCUGUCCCAACCUCAAAAUCACGGACUUUCUUUCAUAAGUUAAUUAUUCAGAUCCUCUUAUAAUAAAUGUGAGUCAAAAUAACAACGGAAGAAAAUGUGAUUUUCAAAAUAAGGGUCACAGUGUGAUAAAAUAAAAAACAAACAAA